AUGACCAAGAUCACGAUCCUAGGCGCCGGCAUCACCGGAAUGGCCAUCGCCAGCCAACUCCCUCGCCACCACGACAUCACCAUCGUCGCCCGCAACCUCCCCGGAGACGAGCCACACUCCCAAGAAUGGGCCAGUCCCUGGGCCGGCGCCAUCUGGGCCGGCAUGGACGGGUCAACUCCGCGCGAGCAGCAAUUCCAGCUGAACGCGUUAGGCGUGUGGUGGAAACUCGCCCUCUCCGACCCCGAGUCCGGCGUCCGACGCAUCGAGAUGACCGAGUACCGCGACUCAAAGACCCUGGACCAGAUCUGGAUUCGCGACAAGGUGCCAGAGUUUCGAGUCAUUCCGGAGAACGAGCGACUUCCGGGCACUACGGUCGGAUUCAAGUAUCGGACAGUGGUGCUCACGCCAAUGGUCUUUCUUCCGUGGCUGCGGGCGAAACUGGAGGCGACGGGGGUGAAGUUCCAGCGUGUGACGGUCCGUUCGCUGGACGAUCUGAGAGGAAUGGGUCAUGAUAUUCUGAUCAAUGCGGCGGGGAUUGGACCGCUGAGGUUAGAAGAUGUUAAGGAUACCAGGGUUCAGGAGGUGCGAGGGCAGACAGUGCUGGUGAAGUCGAAGUUUGAUAAACUGUUCGUGCGCAAUGGGGAUAAUUAUACUUAUGCGUUUGCGCGAGGGGAUGGAACCACUGUCCUUGGAGGAAUCAAGCAGUUUGGAAGCACGGAAACGCAGGUGGAUUCGGAUAUAAGAGCUGAUAUCAUUCGACGAGUCCACGAAAGUCUGCCCGAGGAUUUCCCUUCCCCAGAUCCCAAAGACUACACCAUCGUGCGAGACAUUGUUGGCAUUCGGCCUCAGCGUGAGGGAGGUGUCCGAGUGGAGAAGGAGAUUGUCAAUGGACAGAAGGUUGUUCACGCGUAUGGGGUUGCAGGAGGUGGUUAUGUUUUCAGCUUCGGGGUUGCCAAGGAGGUUGCCCGGUUGGUGGACGAGUAUGAGUCGCCUGUGGCUAGACUCUAG